ACCGAAGUUCGCAAGUUAGAGACUGGACGCUCGUUUCGAACGUGUCUCGAGGAACGGUGAACGCGAGCGCGACCGCUACACGCACGUGUCUUCUUGCAUCUCGGUGCGACAACGCGCUCGUCGUCCUCGCGUCUCGAAAGAAAUCUCUCGAUUCGGAGGCCUUGACCCGUUACACCACUUACCCGAUCGCCCCCUCGUCAGUCCGCGAAUUCGCGGACGCGCAAAUGCGCGAGCGCGCGCGCGCGCUCGCCUUACCUCGGCGCGAUGCUCCAAGACGAAAGGAGAUCUUAAAUUUGACUUGAAGAACGAAUCUCGAUCUUGAAUCCGUCGGUACCCUCUUCCUCUACCUCCUCCCGUCCUUGGGCGGGCGCGAUAAAUGAGAGACCUUUACUAUGCCAAGAGAUGAGUCUUCUCCGUCCACAAGCGAGGGAAGAGAAGGCGGAAGAGGAGGAGAUCUAGCGCGGAGGUCGAAAAUUUCUGCAGGGAAGAAUCGGUUUUGGAAAGAAGAGGAAGAGGAAGAGGAAGAAGGAGGAAAGAAAGGAAGAACGGUAAUAGCGGCAACGGGAAUAAGUGGAAGAAGGAGAUCGGUUUCGGCGAUAAUCAUCGGGAGCCAUAUCUUUCCGACGUGGAGAAGAACGCAGAGGAGCUUCGGCGGUAGUAUCGAAGGAAGAAGGAUAAGGUGGUCCUGGAGGUGGAGGUGGGAUCGGUCGAAAGACGACGACGGCGGCGGUGGCGGUGCUGGCGACGGUGGUGGCGGCGCCGACGAAAACGACGACGGCGGUGGUAACAAGAGGGUAGGCCGGAGGUGACCAUUCACCCCACAUGGACGCCACCCUCGAGAAACCACCCAUAUCCUCAAAAGUGGAUAUCUUAUCGCCAUUAUAUCGCCAGGAAAUAUCCGAGCGGAGCGCGAGAGAAGCGCGACGCUCGAGGACGAUAGUUCCUCUUCUCCUCGGCCGUUCUUUGGCCUUUUUUCGAGGAUUCGUCGCCGUUCCGAUAACGAGGACGACGACGACGACGACGACGACGACGACGAGGACGAGGACGAGGACAGCGACGACGACGACGACGACGACGACGACGACGACGAUACGUCAGGCGAAUUACCGCCCUCGAACGCAAACUUUUACUUCUCCUUAUUUCGCUGGUACCAACGAGGACGACGGCGACGGCGACGGCGACGGCGACGGUGACGAGGACGAGGACGCGUCGACAUCAAACACGUUUCAUGCGUUUAUUACGAUACACGCAUCGACACGCGUUGUCGUCGUUGUCGUCGUCGUCGUCGUCACGCAUGUAAAAGGCAUAUCGAUAGACUCCGUCCAAAAGAGCCUAAUCAACAGUUUUAACGAGCCUAAUUCGCCGACGAAAAAUGUCGCGCACCGCAUCUACGCGUCCCAUGCAAGAAACAGAGAGGCGUAUCCGCGCCAAUAAUCGCGAAUACAACUCACAGUUUAAUUAUGCGAACAACUACAUAAAAACGUCCAAGUAUUCGGUUCUGACGUUCCUACCAUUGAAUUUGUUCGAGCAAUUUCAGCGGCUCGCCAACUUUUACUUCCUAUGCCUGCUGGUGCUUCAAAUGAUACCCGCCAUAUCUUCUUUGACCCCCAUUACGACGGCUAUACCGCUCAUAGGGGUACUUAUGCUCACUGCCGUUAAGGAUGCCUACGACGACUUUCAACGGCAUAGCAGCGAUUCACAAGUUAAUAAUAGAAAGUCGCACACGUUGCGUGGUACUAGCUUACGCGAAGAGAAAUGGUCUCAGGUUCAAGUUGGGGACGUUAUAAGAAUGGAGAACGAUCAUUUUGUCGCGGCGGACGUUCUUCUUCUAUCAACGAGCGAACCCAAUGGUCUCUGUUACAUCGAAACGGCAGAAUUGGAUGGGGAGACGAAUUUAAAAUGCCGACAAUGCCUGACCGAGACCGCCGAAAUGAUGGACAACCACGAAUUGGUUGGUCAAUUCGACGGUGAAAUCGUUUGCGAAACGCCUAACAAUUUGUUGAAUAAGUUUGAUGGCACGUUAACGUGGAGAGGACGCAAAUACGCGUUGGAUAACGACAAAAUCAUAUUACGAGGUUGUGUACUGAGAAAUACACAAUGGUGCUACGGCGUGGUCAUCUUUGCAGGCAAGGAUACCAAAUUAAUGCAAAACUCAGGGAAGACCAAAUUUAAGAGGACCUCUAUAGAUAGGCUGCUGAAUCUUCUGAUUAUCGGGAUAGUGUUUUUCUUGCUUUCUAUGUGUUUGUUUUGCAUGAUCGGUUGUGGUAUUUGGGAGAGCCUCGUGGGUCGAUAUUUUCAAGUGUAUUUACCCUGGGAUUCGUUAGUGCCUAGCGAACCUUUAGGAGGUGCCACGGUGAUCGCUCUCCUCGUAUUCUUUUCGUAUGCUAUUGUAUUGAACACAGUGGUGCCAAUCAGUUUAUAUGUGAGUGUCGAAGUGAUCAGAUUCGUGCAAUCGUUUCUGAUCAAUUGGGACGAAGAAAUGUACUACGCGCCUACGAAUACGCAUGCCAAGGCUAGGACUACUACGUUAAACGAAGAAUUGGGUCAGAUAGAAUACAUCUUUUCUGACAAAACUGGAACAUUAACGCAAAAUAUAAUGACCUUUAAUAAGUGUUCUGUGGCUGGUAAAUGUUACGGUGACAGCGUAGACGAGGUUACUGGAGAAAUCAUCGAUUUGAGCGAGACGGACAAAGCUGCACAAACUCCAACAAUGCGAUGGAAGAGCGGACAGGAAUUUGUUCGUCAAGUUUAUACUCCGCUUAGCGGUCCGAACGUACGUCUUCUGGAGCAAGCUGACAGAAUGUCCAGUACAACACCAGAACCAGGAAUCAGUGCCAGCCCAAAGCUUCAACACAAACCUUCAAUGAUGCCACCCCUGGAUUUUUCAUUUAACAAGGAUUACGAGCCCGAAUUUAAAUUCUACGAUCCUGCGCUUUUGGAAGCAGUCAAGCAAGGCAACGAAGACGUUCACAGUUUCUUUCGCUUAUUAGCGCUAUGUCACACCGUUAUGCCAGAAGAGAAGCACGGAAAACUCGAGUAUCAAGCACAGUCACCGGACGAGGCGGCGCUCGUUUCAGCAGCUAGAAAUUUUGGUUUUGUUUUCAAAGAAAGAUCUCCCAAUAGCAUAACGAUCGAAGUAAUGGGAAAGCGCGAAGUAUAUGAGCUACUCUGUAUUCUAGACUUCAAUAAUGUCAGAAAAAGAAUGUCCGUAAUAUUGAGAAAGGAUGGCCAUCUCAGGCUGUAUUGUAAAGGAGCAGACAAUGUCAUUUACGAACGUUUGAAGAAAGAUAGCGAUGAAAUUAUGUCAAAGACUUUGGAUCACCUCAAUAAAUUUGCGGGUGAAGGUUUGAGAACAUUGUGCCUUUCAGUGAGAGAUUUAGAUGAAAGCUUCUUUAAUAAUUGGAAACAACGUCAUCAAGAAGCCGCACUGAGUCAUGAGAAUAGAGACGACAAAUUGGACGCUAUAUACGAAGAGAUAGAAAAAGAUAUGACGUUAUUAGGUGCUACUGCCAUUGAGGAUAAAUUGCAAGAUGGUGUACCCCAAACCAUCGCGAAUUUAGGACUCGCUGGCAUAAAAUUGUGGGUAUUAACAGGUGAUAAACAAGAAACGGCCAUCAACAUCGGUUAUUCGUGUCAACUGUUAACGGACGAUCUUACCGACGUCUUUGUAGUAGAUGCUACUACUUACGAUGGGGUUGAAACUCAAUUGACACGAUAUUUGGAAACUAUCAAGACAGCCUCCAGCCAUCAAAAUCGGCCAACUCUCUCCAUUGUCACAUUCAGGUGGGACAAGGAAAGCAGUGAUACGGAAUAUAAUCCGAGUAGAGACGAGCAGGACGAACAUGAAAUGGAGCAAGCUAUGGGUUUUGCAGUGGUUAUCAAUGGACAUUCCUUAGUGCACGCGUUGCAUCCGCAACUUGAUCAACUUUUUCUAGAAGUAUCGAGCCAAUGUAAAUCUGUGAUAUGUUGUCGCGUAACACCUUUACAAAAAGCAAUGGUCGUUGAAUUGAUAAAGAAGAAUAAAAAUGCGGUUACUCUGGCAAUCGGAGAUGGAGCUAAUGACGUUUCAAUGAUAAAGACGGCUCAUAUUGGCGUUGGUAUCAGUGGACAGGAAGGACUGCAAGCUGUACUAGCCUCUGAUUAUUCGAUAGGGCAAUUUAGAUUCUUAGAAAGAUUAUUGCUUGUCCAUGGCAGGUGGUCGUAUUAUAGAAUGAGCAAGUUCCUUAGAUACUUCUUUUAUAAAAAUUUUGCAUUCACUCUCUGCCAUAUCUGGUUCGCCUUCUUCUGUGGAUUCAGUGCACAGACAGUGUUUGAUCCAAUGUACAUUUCUGUCUAUAAUCUAUUUUAUACGUCACUGCCAGUCUUGGCGGUUGGCAUAUUUGAUCAAGAUGUUAAUGAUAAAAAUAGCCUAAUGUAUCCAAAGUUAUAUGCACCUGGACUUCAAAAUCUUCUCUUCAAUAAAAAAGAAUUUUGUUGGAGUGCUCUACACGGUUUUUUUGCUAGUUGCGUGUUAUUUUUAGUACCCUAUGGAACAUACAAGGAUGGAGUAUCACCAAAGGGCUAUGUACUUUCAGACCAUAUGCUGCUGGGCAGUGUUGUAGCUACAAUAUUAGUUAUAGUUGUAACAGUUCAAAUCGCUCUUGACACAUCAUAUUGGACGAUUGUUAAUCAUAUUAUGGUGUGGGGCUCGUUGAUAUGGUAUUUUAUUUUAGAUUACUUUUAUAACUUUGUCAUAGGAGGUAGUUACGCCGGCAGCCUUACAAUGGCUAUGUCAGAAGCAACAUUUUGGUUCACAACAGUUAUAACAUGUAUAAUACUAGUGAUACCGGUUCUUUCAUGGAGAUUCUUCUUUAUGGAUGUGCGCCCAACACUCUCUGAUAGAGUAAGAUUGAAACAAAGAUUAGCGCAAUUGCGUUCUCGUCAGAGUCAGGACAUUUUGCGUACUCCAUCCACGAGACGCACGCGACGAUCUCUGCGUUCGGGUUACGCAUUUGCUCAUCAAGAAGGUUUUGGACGACUUAUUACAUCUGGAAAAAUCAUGCGCAAAUUACCCAAUGGUGCAGAUUUUAAGUUCGCUAUGCCAUUUACUAAUAACGUUACUAAACAAGUUAAUGUUGCUACUACGUCGCCAAAGGAGAACGCAUCUCGGAAUUCGCACACAUUGGAUGCUAUCACUCUGUGAAUCUUUACGUUAAUCACAGUGUUGCACAGUAAGUAUGAUUUUUUCGUUCACGUACCGUAGUGACAUUAAAACAUUGUCACUCAGUUUGCCUUAUUGAAAGUUGCUCUAAAUAAUUUUGUCUAUUUAUAUUUUGGCGAUAAGAGUAUAAUAAUUUUUUAAGGAUAAAGAACAAAAUAGAUAAUAACUAUGAAAACUGAAACAAUAAAUGAACGCGUCUAUUGUUGUUGUUAUUAUUAUUAUUCUUAUUAUUAUUAUUAUUAUUAUUAUUAUUAUUAUUAUUAUUAUUAUUAUCUAGAAAUCGAAAACAAUCGUGUGAUCACUUUUUUUUAUUUCUUUCUUCUUUUAUUUUCUUAUUUUUUCUUCGCUCACAAUCAAUUAUUAUUAUAUAAGAUCAAUUUUAUAAAGUUUUUUAUAACACCAGUAUUUUGCAUUUCAGUGAGGCACACUGUAUCAUAAUAGUCUUAAUAUAUAUUUUCUACCUCCUUACUGCAAUUGAUUAUAUUUAUGGUUUGCAAAAAUAAUUCUAUACGUCAAUUAAGAUCGCGUAAAAUAUAAUAUUUUGUUCUUUCAUAUAAUUUACAUAAUAUAAUUAAUUGUAACUCUAAAAGUAUUAAAUUAUUGAUUUGAGUUAUUAUAUAAAAUAAUUUUAAUUUCUUAUAACAUACACGAAAUAAUUGUAUUAGAAUGAGAAAUUAUCGCAACUAUGGAAGAUAAAGAAUUUCAAAAAUUAUUUGAUAUUUAAUUAACGAUAAAUAAUUCAUUCAACUUUUCGAAAAUUUACUUUCUUUGAAGAUGUUGCACUACGCAGAUAACUAGUAAUCAUUUUUAUAUACCAUAUGCAAUUGUACAGCUUACAUAGUAAUAAGCAUUCUAAUCGUUAUAAAAAAAAUUCAUUUUACUGUGAUACAUGUACAUCAUAUGAACAGUUUAAAAUAUUGAUCUUAUAUUGAUUAUCUGCUCUUUAAAUAUGCAAAAUUAUAAAUUAUUAUUAUAAAUUUAAUGAAGAACAAAUUAGUUUGUCAUUAACUUCGUUAUUAUUAUUACUAUUAUUAUUAGUAUUAAAUCAACAUUUUCGGAUGCAUUGUCUCGCUUCUUUUUUAUUUAUAUAAAACACUUAUUUUUGAUGAUGCAAUAUUCUAAAUGUCUUCUCUCCGGUAAGUUUGAAAUCGAAUCAAGAAUACUAUUGUUGUAAAUUUCUAUCUACAUAAUUAAAAACGUCAUCCUUAAAAUAUAUGUUAUUUGUUCUUAUUACUUCUAGUGUAUGUACAUCUAGAAACAUGGGAAAUAUCUUCUGCUAUCUUAUUUGUAUUAUAUGCUAUUUCUAUAAAACAGAAUCAAUGUAAAGAAUAUAUUUACUCGAUACAUUAUUACUUGUACAAGCAUAUAAUAGAUAUUCGUAGAUAUUCAUAAUUGCCUUUGUAAAACAUUAAUACAAACCACUAUUAAAAUAAUACUGUAUCAUAGAAUUCACUGUAAAUAUUUCAAAGAGAUACAUACAUGUAUACACGCACGCGUGCGCGCGCGCGCGC